UAGUACAUUACUACAAGGUGCCAGCGUCAAAGUUGAAGGAGUCGAAGAGCAAAAUUAAUGCUCAUCCUCUUGUCACGAUCAAGUUUAACGCUUGGACGAGUCAAAGGCUCUUGAAUCGUACUAAUCUGAAAGAUUUCUGCGUGCCUUACACUUGGUAAGACCUCUAUCCUGUAACCGUGUAGCCUGCGUAGCAAGCGUUUCCAAUCGAGUUAUUGCGCGAAAGUUAGAGCGGAAGCAAAAAAAGGUUGAAGGGGAGGGGGAGGGGAGAAGAGGAAACGCUUGCCCGCAAGCCCCACGAUUCUGGAAAACGCCCCUUGAUAUUUCACGGUUUGGUUCAUUUGUAAAUUGACAAACUCGUCAAAAUAGAAACAUAACGAACAGAUUACCCCUGGAUUACCAGAUAUGUAAAAUUACUUUGUUCUCUAAUAGAACACGUUGCAGGCGAUUGCAAGAACUGUAAGAAAAAAGAUUUACAAUAAAAAAAAGUUAUAACUAUGAGUGAUUGCUGCGGAAUUUCUUGUUUUUUAUUGUGUGGCUUUAUCUCAUCUGAAACCUUGUCGACACGUCAAAGAUGAUUUGUCCGGAAAAAUUCACUCCGCCGGCUAUAAGUUUUGCAGAGUGGCUGCUCUUCAGCCUGUGUCGAAACGUUCUCUACAAUAGAUGCCGCUCAAUUUCCAAUAAACGAAAAGAAUCUUUUCAUUUCAAAAAGCUGACAAAUCACUUGUCCAUGGCACCUUUAGCUAGUGUCGAGUACCGAUGUUCUGAUUUAUGUUGAUGUUAUCUCCAACAAACAGUCCAUUUUUCCACUCAGAUCCCCACGCCGUCAUUCUCAAUAAAUUGGCCUUCCCUAGUCUCCACUGCCUGAUCUCCAAUUAUACUUUGAAGACUCUGAUCUCAUAAACUUUCGCACAAACACGAUUCCAAUAAAUAUCAGUCCAAAGCAUUUGUAAUCUGCGACCACAAAUCAGAUGAGACUAGAUCUGUGACGCACGAAAACAAAGCAUACCUGGUUUGAUUGAUGUUUCGAAUGCUAAGUAAUCAUUACACGCACCGCGCCAAUCAGAAGCUGUGUUCGUGGGCGAACGCAGUUUUUCAAAAUCGUGGGGUUUGCGGGCAAGCAGUUCCUUCGUUCCCCUCCCCCUCCCCGUCAUUCAUUUUUUUUUUGCUCUUGUCCCAGCUUUCUAGACGAAACUCGCGAGGAAACGCUUGCUACGCAGGCUAGUAACCGUGCUGUAGCGCACAAUGCACGCUCUCAGCGAGAAAUUUGAUGCCACCAAACUUCGGCAAGCGCCUGCUUCUUUGGAAACGAUAGAUCUUCGCGCUCUCGCGUUCGGACCCGAUUUAUUACGAAGUGCGUCUACUACGAGUGAGCGAGUGACUCAUUUGCAUUUCCCUGUCCCUGCAAUAACUCGUGGUACGCUCGCACAUACCCACGAGUUAAAACUUGGCAUUGUGAGCAAGUGCAGCAUUUUUGCUGCAGCUUUUGGGAAUAUUUUUAAUCAGUGCUCCAACCUGCGACUGUUUUGUUUGCCACAGUGAGUAGAAAAAAAUGUUGGCGCCUAAAAGUGCGGUGAAAGUCGCCAAUUUGGUGACCUGUGUUCAGUGAUUUUCUGCCAAGCUAUCCCCCAGAAAUUCCAGAGAUUUUGCAAGACGCUUUUUCUAGUAGCUCUAGUAGUGUUUUUCUAGAAAUAAAUAUCACUGCUUUAAUUGUUUACUGUAAAAUUCCUUUGUAAUGAUGUAUUGUUAAUAUUACAUGUCAGGCUUGUAGUACACGUAAAAUUGUACACACCAUUUUUUUAUUCUGAACUGAAUUGCCAUUUUCAAAACUACCGGUGUCCUGGACAGUUUUUCUUCAGAAAAACCAGUGGUGAAUUUGUUUAUGAGCAUGUACAAUAAUGUAAUGUAACAAAGGCAAAUAAUUGUGUUGUAGCAAAACACAGAAAGCAUUCCCCAAAACAUCAAUCAGGACUGUCAAAAAGUUUUUAAGUAGCAGGGUGAUAAUAAAUGGUAGGCAGCUUUGGAACCCUCACCAAAGGCACAAGUUUCUUAGGGAGGCAUCUAGGGACAUUUUGAAAUUUAGAAACUGGAAAAUUGCGUUUCCAGGGCUUUUCAAGAGGUAUUUUCCACCACGCACACGAUGUUGUUUUGUCAACUAGCUGGCGGUUUUGGCCGGCUACUGGCCCUUACUGACAGCCCUGAUCAAUGAAAUGUGAAGAAAUAUUCUAAACAAACAUUUCAUUUUGCUAAAUUAUGCUAGCUUCCAUCUGAAUAAAAAUCACAUUCAAGCAAAAUUUAGUGAUCUUACCAGAUUGCAGGAAGUGGUCAUUCGUGUUCUGCUGGUCUAUUUAGACUAUUUCAUUUCUUUUGCAAAGCUUGAGAUUUAUGCAAAUUGUGUCUAGAAUCAUGAAAACCUCAAAGGAAAGGCCAUUUCUGUCCAAAAAAUGGCAGAGUCCCCAAUGUGUACAAGAAGUUGAUUUCUUGUACCCAGAAUCAUUGCUUG